AUGGCUUGCUCCCAGGACAGGAAUAGGCGUCGCAAGGGCUCCUAUGUUCUGCACGCAGCAACAAUAGCGCUGGACACACAGCGAGAGAAAGAGCGAGAGCGAGAGAGCGCCAGAGCUGCUGCUGGAAACGCCCGAGUCCUCAUGGCGCUAGGCUGCUUCGGGGAAAGCGCGCCAGGCUUGGCGGAACCUUCCAAGUUCCGCCUUGUCGCAGUCUCCUACAACGUCACUGCAGAAGAGCUCUUCGACUUGUUUGGCAAAUUUGGCCCGAUUAGGCAAAUUCGCCAGGGCAUCGCAAACAACACCAAGGGCACUGCCUUUGUCGUCUACGAGGAGGUGAUGGAUGCCAAGCAAGCGUGCGACAAACUGAACGGAUUCAACUUUCAGAACCGGUACCUCGUUGUGCUAUAUCACCAGCCAGAAAAGAUGGCUCGAUCAAGAGAAGACCUCGCCGAGCGCCAAGAGAAUUUAGAACGCCUCAAACAGCAGCAUGGGAUAGAAUAA